AUGCGGUCCCUGCUCCAGCUUGCACUCCUGCCUGUCCUUGCCCGCGCCCAUUUCAACCCAAAUGGGACGAGCAAUCUCUUCGUCUACUAUGCACAGGCGUCGGGUCGCUCCGCACGCCUUGACGACCUUUGCGUGCACCCGGCCGUCGACGCCGUCAUCCUGGGCUUCAUCCGUGACUUCAAUGGCACCGCUGGCUACCCAACCGUCGACUUUGGCCCGUGGAUCUGCCCUGGAAGGCGCCCGCCCGAUGCCGCUGUGGCUCCCGGCCUAGCAACCUGCCCAGAGCUCGCCGCCCAGGUGCAGAAAUGCCAGGACAGGGGCAAGAAGAUCUUCAUCAGCAUUGGCGGCGCCACCUCCAACACUUCCUUGGACAACGAUGCAGAUGCGCAGGCUGCAGCUCGCCGGCUAUGGCAGCUGUUUGGGCAAGGAUCCGAGAGCUCAGACCUGCGCCCCUUGGGCAAGGUAUCCGUCGAUGGCUUUGACAUCGACCACGAAGUCGGCUCGCCUUCCAACUACGACACCUUUGCCAAGGCUCUGCGCUCUCUGCUUGCUACCGCCUCAAAGCCCAUGUGGAUCUCGGCUGCUCCGCUGUGUGCCCUUACUAACCGCUCCAUCGGCCCCAAGACUCUCGCCCUCGUCGACUUCAUCUUCGUGCGCUUCUACAACUCCAAAGCCUGCUCCAUUGGAACCAAGGGCUUCGCCGCAAGCUUGAACAAGUGGUACACCUCCAUGCCCGAGCCCGAGGCUGCCUUUCCCAAGUUCUGCCUGUCAGGCUUGUCGUUUGACAACAACAACAGCGGUUUCGUUCGCCCAGAGGACUUUGCCGACGCCAUCACACUGGCCCGCAAACCCAACUUGCAGCGCUUCAAUCAGAACAAGUUCGGCGGCGUGGCAUUGUGGGAUGGCUCGCGCGGCUUGGCCACCACUGCCGGGAACGGGCUCGACUUCCUCGCCUACACGAAGAAUGUCUUGGAAGCUCCCUAG